AUGCCGUUGCUAAGAAGAAUUUCUUCCAACUUCAGGAAGAACAAGCGUGCAAAGAGCAAUGGUGUCAAUGGCGCCCUUCACACCGUCGACGAGUCAAAGGCUUCCCCUGUUGCUGUGAAUAACGACCAAGUCAACGGCACAGCCCCAAAUGGUGCCUCUGUUGGUCAGAGCCUUGAAAAAACAAGGGAUGUUCAACGGCCAGCGGCACCCAAACCGGCCAGUACCCCGAAUCCUCCAAAGCACGCGAAAGAUGGGGGCGAUGCUCUAGCGACACGCAAGGAUGUCGAAAACGUUUUCACGCAAUUUGCAGCACUCAUCCACGCUUCGCGGCGCCCGCUGCCAACCCAGACGGGUGAUGGUCAGUAUCUGGAGAAAGAGGAGCCGACAGGACUCUGGGACGAUAUAAAGCACUUAGGGUUCAAAGACGCAGAAACAGCCUUGCACAUGGUAGAGGACAAGCUUAGUGGCGGCCCCGUGGAUGACCGCAAAAUGCACAUGGAGGAAGUUAUGCAGCUGGUCGCCGCCCUUCCUGAUCGCUCUGCCAAUCGAGUCAAGCUCACCGGUUCGCUUGUGGACCUCCUCUGGAAUUCCUUGCAACAUCCGCCUAUGUCGUACCUUGGGGAUGGCUACCAAUACCGUUCAGCUGACGGCUCGAAUAAUUCUUACAUCUUUCCGAAACUUGGUGCAGCAAACACCCCUUACGCACGUUCGGUCCAGCCUAAGACUACCCAACCAGGUGCUUUACCAGACCCAGGGCUCAUAUUCGAUUCGCUGCUGGCAAGAGAGGAAUUUAAGCCUCAUCCAAAUAACGUCUCGAGCAUCUUCUUCAACUGGGCUUCGCUCGUCAUCCAUGAUCUCUUUCAAACAGAUCACCACGAUUAUAGCAACAGCAAGACUUCUAGCUACCUGGACCUGUCAAUAUUGUAUGGAGAUACUCGAGAAGAUCAGGAUAUGAUGAGGACAUUCGAGAACGGCAAAAUCAAGCCAGACUGCUUUGCCGAGGAAAGACUUCUGGCAUUUCCACCAUCGUGCGGCGUGAUGCUCAUCAUGUUGAACCGCUUCCACAACUAUGUUGUCGAGCAGCUGGCAUUGAUUAAUGAAAAUGGCCGUUUCACGCGGCCUUCCAGCAAGCUAUCGGGGGAGGCUGCAAAAGCGGCUUGGAAGAAGUACGAUAAUGAUCUCUUCCAGACAGGACGACUCAUUACCUGUGGGCUCUAUAUCUCAGUCACUCUCCAUGACUAUUUGCGCACGAUAGUAAACUUGAACAGAACAAACAGCACUUGGACCUUGGAUCCCCGUAUCGACAACCCCAAAACCUUUGGCAAGGAUGGCACCCCACGAGGAGUUGGCAACCAAGUGAGCGCUGAAUUCAGUCUCUCAUACCGUUGGCAUUCUUGUAUCGGACAAAUGGAUGAAGCAUGGACGGAGAAGGUUUACUAUGAGCUCUUCGGGAAGAAGCCGGGCGAUGUGUCACUCCAAGAGUUGAUGAUCGGGUUGGGCAAAUACGACCAGGAUCUACCCAAGGAUCCUCUUCAGCGGCCGUUCGCCCAUCUCAAACGGGACGCAAAUGGCAAGUUUGAUGAUGGCGAACUUGCGAAGAUCAUGCAAGCAGGGGUGGAGGAAGUUGCUGGCGCAUUCGGGGCCCGCAACAUCCCCAAGGCACUUCGAGCCAUCACGAUUCUUGGUAUUCGACAGUCUCGGUCUUGGAACCUAUGCACCCUCAACGAAUACCGAAAAUUCUUUGGCCUGAAGACAUACGACACAUUUGAAGAAGUCAACCGAGAUCCGUAUGUGGCCGAGCAGCUGAAACAUCUGUAUGAACACCCUGACUUCAUCGAGCUUUAUCCCGGACUCGCUGUUGAAGAGUACAAGGAACCGAUGGUGCCAGGUGUAGGUAUUUGCCCGACUCAUACCAUCUCACGCGUGGUGUUGUCCGACGCUGUUGCCUUGGUCCGGGGCGACAGAUUCUACACUCUGGACUACACUCCGAGGAACCUUACCAAUUGGGGGUUUAAUGAGGCGGCAUCUGAUGUCAGCGUCAAUCAAGGGUGUGUUUUUUACAAACUCAUCCUCAGAGCACUGCCAAAUCAUUUCAAGACCAACAGCAUUUAUGCUCACUACCCAAUGACGAUUCCAAGCGAGAAUGCCAAAAUCAUGAAGAAUCUCGGUCGCUAUGAGGAUUACGACUGGAGUCCUCCGGAGUAUAUCCCUACUCGCAUCAAUUUGACGUCCUACCAGAGCGCCAAAUAUCUUCUGGAGCGUUCUCAGGACUUUAGGGUCAUGUGGAAUGACGGCUUAGGAUUCUGUAUGGGUAAAGGAGGCGAGAGGUUCUGUCUCGGAGGGGACACCAUUUUCCAUCGGAAACAGCGCCAGACGAUGCAACAACUCAUAUACCGCGAAAAAUGGCAUGACCAUGUCAAGCACUUCUAUGAAUACAUCACACUCCGCCUUCUCCACGAGAAGAGCUGCAAAAUUGCUGGCAUCCAUCAAGUCGAUAUCACACGGGACGUUGGCAAUCUUGCGCACGUCCACUUUGCAGCCAACAUGUUCGAUUUACCUCUUAAGACUGCGGAGAACCCCAAGGGCAUUUUCUCCGAGCAAGAGCUGUGGAUGGCCAUGAGCGUCAUUUUCACUGCCAUCUUCUUCGACUUCGAACCGACCAAGUCCUUUCCACUCCGGAUGGUGGGGAGGAAGCUUUCAAACAUACUGGGCAAGCUCAUCGAAGCCAACGUCAAGUCUGUAACAGCUACCUCGUUCGCGGCGAAGUUCUUCGAUGGUUGGAGAGAGAAUGAGAACGCCCUGGCUGACUAUGGUAUCCACAUGAUUCGUCGCCUGAGCGAGACCGGUAUGAGCACCUACGAUAUGGCCUUCAGCCAGAUCUUACCAACAGCCUGUGCAAUGAUUCCAAACCAAUCGCAGGUAUUCUCUCAAAUAAUGGACUACUACCUGAGCGAAGAAGGUCUUAAGUAUCUCCCGGACAUUCAACGUCUUGCAAAGAUCGACAGCAAGGAAUCCGACAACAAACUCCUACAUUACGUCAACGAAGGGAUCCGCUUGAACGGCACUUUUGGCAGUUACCGACGGAGCCAGGUCAGUCAUACUUUCAACGAUGAUGGGAAUCAAGUCACCGUUAAGCCUGGCGAUAAGGUCUUCUGUGGCUUUGUGAAAGCCGCAAGAGAUCCUGCGAUCUUCCCAAACCCGGACGAGGUCCGACUUGACAGGCCGCUGGAGUCUUACAUCCACUAUGGCAUCGGAGAGCACACCUGUCUCGGAAAGGAUGCUAGUAUGGUGGGACUGACUGCCAUGUUGAGAACAGUGGGCAAGUUGGAGAAUCUGCGCCGGGCGCCAGGACCGCAAGGACAGUUGAAGAAGAUUCCUCGCGAGGGAGGAUUCUACGUGUAUAUGCGAGAAGACCAUGGCUCCUACUUCGUCUUCCCGUGCACAUUCAAGGUUCAUUACGACGGAACGCUACCCCCCUUGCCCAAAGCCAAGGUUGAGCAUUGA